GGCAUACAUGCAUGCAGUGUUUGAUGCUGUUUACCUCGUCUCGUGGAUGCUGACAAUAGAAAGAGUUGUCUGUUUAGGCAUCUCUAUAGUGAAGUGACGUCAUACAUUGUUAUGCAAAUAAUCUGCCAGGCACUACCAUUCCGAAGUGCCGCAAAGACUGCGAAAUCGGACAAGAAUAUUCUUCGAAAGUUACUAAAAGUUGUAUUCCACGGAAAAUAAAACUACAGCAUAUAUGUGUAUAGUACUAUUGGAUCGAGAUAUAAGGAACUAAUAAGGAUCCGAGUAUUUGAUUGUAUCUUUUGUUCAACAUUGUCAACUAGUGUCGAGGCAGCAGUGACUCAAGAUGGGUUGUGCAUCUUCAGCUCAGCAAGGCCCAAGCGCAUAUCCAAAACAGCCUCCUAAGGCACCUCCACCUCAGCAACAACAAGUUCAACCACAGAGAGCUAACCCUCCACCACCACAACCACAAGCACAACCUCAAGUACAUGUACACCAACAAUCUAUGCAGAUGAGUACAUCGACAGGGCCACCACCAGUACAACAGCAACCACCACCUCCUCCUCCACAACAGACAGCAACUCCCGAGCAUGCUGACAUCACUGAAGAGCUGGUGAACUCCCUCCUUGAGCUUGAUAGUCAGAUUGCCAUGCUUGAGAGCCGUAACGUCUUCAAGCAGUAUCAGAUGAAAAAGGAACAGAGCCAGAAGGUGGACGGACAGGUCAAAUCAAUGACGGUUAUGCAUCAACAACUUGAUGCUCAAACGAAAAAAGAAUAUGAAGAUGUGGUGAACUUGCAGCACAACACAUCAGUGCGACAGAUGUGGUCUCAACAACAGUUUGAUGCACAGAUGAGCAAAGAACAACAGUUCGGCGGCCAAGAACAACAGGAAUACAUGGAUGCUCUCAAUAAGCAGGAGAUUCACCAGAAGCAAUUGGCAGCUCUAAGCCAGCAGUUCACAUUGCUCACUAACGAAGUAACGGCAUUAAAGACAGACAAAACUAGCCUUCAAGGAUUAUAUGAGAAACAAGAUGCUACCCUUGCAAGUAUUUUUGACGGCAAGUAUGGCAGUGAUGCCGAGUACAGGCUGGAGUCUGAGCUAGACAUGCUGCUAGAACGUAAGCAGAGAGUGGCCGUAGCACGCUAUAAGUGGAACAACUCACAUACCCUGGCCAAGCAUGCUUGCGGCCAGCUAAGCUUUGGUAUUAGAAGAUGGGCAGAUGUUCUGCAAAUACCAGCACAGAACACCCAGAUUAGAUAUCAGUUUGCUGCUGAAGCUCGUAACAACCUCGUGGCCGCCGCGCAGAACAUCAAGACGUCCCAGCAGUACUUGAACACCAUCAAGUUUCCUUACUGCACACCGGACGAGAUAGAGACGCUGAACAAGGCCAUCGCGAACAUCUUCUCCGACAUGAUGCAUCCUGACAGGCAUAAGCAUGCCAUGGAGUGUUAUGUAACGGUCUACAAGCGAUCGGCUGCACUCAUACAGUGGUUUGAGCAUGUGAUCAACAAGACAAUCAAUAAAGACUUAGAGAAGACGGCAAAGAACUGUGCUUCAAAACAGAAAGAACUCAAGAUGGAGAGAAUGAAACUUGUUCAGGAGAAGGUCAAGGAGAAACUAGGUGCAGAUGUCGCAUCUCGCUUGCAGGCAAGGUCACAAGCCAAUGAUGCUGAGCUCAUAGAAGACAAGGAUGAACCUGAGUUAGCCAUGUUGGUCGAUGCAGACUCAGUCUCACAGGCAGGGGAUGUCGGUGUUGCCCCGGAGGGAAGUACUGAGAUGAAUGCACCUACUCCUCUAGGGCUUGAAGACCUUGCUCCUACCCCAGCCAUGGAUGACAUCUUUGGUAACAUUGAGGAGUUGAAGAAGCAACACGACGAGCAGGUGAAGGAAUACGAACGCCAGCAGGAGGUGAACAAGACCCGAGCAGACCAGGAUCUACAGAGUAAGCUUGCCGCUCGUCGGUCCAGGCGACAACGCCAAGAGGCUCAGGAAGCCGAGAUAGCAGCCAUGCAGGGAUCCACUCCGUACUAGAGUACCUGGUGUCCAGUCUUGACCAGAGGCACUGUCUGACCAGAGGCACUGACCAGUGGACAGACUGGUUUUGAUUAAUCAUCUGCAUUCUUCCAUAUUCAGGAUGUUUACGCUGCCCAAGAGGAGUCAUUUAUACCUAAUUGUCUCUCGAUCCUCUCCAACCUUUUCAGUGUCUUGAUCCUGCCUUCAGUCAUGCAUGCACAUACAUUCAUAUACAGCUGUACAUAUAUCCAUCAUUAUUUUUAUUUGUAUUCAGCUAUUUUCUGAACUGCUCAAAUUUUGUAAUAUGAUACCUUGGAAAUAUACCUUGGAAGUAGGCAUUUAAAGUUAAAAACUUAUUUGCCUCUCGUUGACAUCAGGAUGAAGAAUCUCUAUUGGGACACAUGUUUAGUGGCGCUGUAAAGCAGUUGACAAACAUGGACAAGCGAAAGACUCUUCUGGGUCAAAUUGAUAUUUUCUUAACGACCAAAAUUUCGAAAAAUUUGAUUCUGAAACUCAUCUGUUUAAAAAAAAUAUGAAUCCUAAAUAUCAGUCAUCGUCCUGGCAGAAUGAUUUGGAUGAAGACUGGGUCACUAUAUGGGCAUUAAAACUGUCGAACAGUGAUGGAAAAGACAUUUUUAUCAGCUUGCUGAUCUAAUUAUUUUGUAAUCAUUGGAUACACCGUCCAUUCCUGAUGCAUUGUCUUUCACAUAGUUGACUUUCUGUAUGUUUAUACGAUACGAUUUGUGAUUUUCGACAGAUGAUUUUAACUUGUAUAUAAUUGGUGCAAUGCUAUGUAAUCAUACUUUGUUGGAUGGGAUAUUUGACUCUGAUUCUGUAUAUAUAUAUAUAUAUAUAUGUAAUUAUAUAUACUUUCAUCACAGAACAAUACUACAUGUAAAAAGUUGUAUUCACUGAUUAAAAAGAUUAUUCAUGAGGCAUUUGUAUGAUUGAUGCAUUAAACAAACAAUAAGGUCAGUAUAUAUAUAAUUCAUGAUGAUUAACUCCAGGUUUAAUGGGUAAAGUUAGCCUACUGAUUCAUGGAGUACCAAUUGUCAACCACCUCGUCCUGAAAAAAAAUCACCAUAAUUCUAUUACUGCAUGACUAAAUCGAAAUCAUAUCGUUUUGACAUUUCUCAUUUUCAUUUCAUGACCAGAUUCAUUUCAUUUUGUCACAGAAUUAUAUUGAUUUUCACAGAAUAAUGAGUUUGACAUCUGGCACUUCAUAAAUCAUUGGAUGGAGUUAAACCAGGUUGAAUUGAGUCAACCUACAUGCAUACAUGUGUACAUGCCUCAUACUGUAAAUUCAUUAAAUGAUCCAAAAAUCCAAUGUUACAUUCAAAUACCUGAAGGAAAA